GAGGUAGAAGGCGGGAAAUAAUUGAAGACAACAAGCGAUGUAACAACUCUGAAUGAGACCGACGGACACAUCUCGUUUGGACCAUGAGGAGCAUGUACAUCCGAGUGACUGUGUGUGUCAGAGCACAGCAAACCUGCGGGUCCAGAAAUCUGCUCUGUGGCGUCGCACCUCAGAGAGCUUUUAGCAUGGCGGCGGCGGGGACAGUGGCACAUGGGAAGUUGGAAGGCAGAAAAGCAGCAGAGAGUACAGGAGUUAGAAAGAAGGGUGUGGAUGGACGGGUGAGGAGCUUUGAGGAGAUCCCUCACACAGGCAGAAGGGGCUGGGUCAACUUGGUGAAGUUCUGGAGAGAAGAUCGUUUCCGGCAUCUUCACUUGCACAUGGAGAGGACCUUCAAAGCCCUCGGCCCGAUCUACAGGGAACAUGUGGGCACCCAGAGCAGUGUGAACAUCAUUUUGCCUCCAGACAUCGCUGAGCUGUUUCGCUCAGAGGGCAUACACCCCCGACGCAUGACCCUUCAGGCCUGGGCAACACACAGAGAGACACGGCAGCUCAGCAAGGGAGUCUUCCUCAAGAACGGUGAGGAGUGGCGAGCAGAUCGUCUAAUACUCAACAGGGAGGUGAUGAUGAGUGCACCAGUAAAGCAUUUUCUGCCACUGCUUGAUGAGGUUGCAAGGGAUUUUAGUCGAAUGCUGCAGGCGAGAGUGGAGAAGGAGGGCAGAGGCGAGGAUGGGAAACGAAGUCUGACCGUGGAUCCAAGUCCUGACCUCUUCCGAUUUGCACUAGAAGCCAGUUGCCAUGUGCUCUAUGGAGAGCGUAUUGGCCUCUUCUCCUCAUCUCCCUCCCUGGAGUCCCAGAAGUUCAUCUGGGCUGUGGAGCGAAUGCUGGCAACAACCCCUCCUCUCCUCUACCUGCCCCCUCGUCUGCUGCUUCGCAUCGGCGCUCCCCUGUGGACUCAGCACGCCAAUGCAUGGGACCACAUCUUUAGCCAUGCGGAGGCGAGGAUCCAGAAGGGGUACCAGCGAAUGUCUUCCUCACAGGCUCGGGGGUCCGGGGCCGGAGCAGCUGGAGUUCGGUACACCGGGGUUCUGGGUCAACUCAUGGAGAAAGGACAGCUUUCUUUGGACCUCAUCAAAGCCAACAUCACUGAGCUGAUGGCUGGAGGGGUGGACACGACAGCAGUGCCCCUGCAGUUUGCUCUGUUUGAGCUGGGCCGUAACCCGGAGGUGCAGGAGAGGGUGAGGCAGCAGGUGAGGGCGUCAUGUGCUCAGGCUGGUGGUGACCCUCAGAAAGCCCUGCAGGGGGCGCCUCUACUGAAGGGCACAAUCAAGGAGAUUCUCAGGUUAUAUCCGGUGGGAACGACAGUGCAGCGGUAUCCGAUCAAAGACAUUGUUAUUCAGAAUUACCACAUUCCUGCUGGGACUAUGGUCCAGGCCUGUCUUUACCCCCUGGGAAGGAGUCCAGACGUGUUUGAGGAUCCACUGUGCUUUGACCCCGGGCGGUGGGGCAGCAGCAGAGAGGGUGGCCAGAGAGAAGAGGGGGCAGGGGGGUUUCGCUCCCUGGCGUUUGGCUUUGGGGCGAGGCAGUGUGUCGGAAGGAGGAUUGCUGAGAACGAGAUGCAGUUCUUACUCAUGCAUAUCCUGCUGAGCUUUCAUCUCAGCGUGUCAUCCUCAGAGGACAUCAAAACCACAUGCACCCUCAUCCUCCAGCCUGAGACCCCGCCAAGGAUCACUUUCAGCCAACUCUGACACACACACACACACACACACACACACACACACACACACACACACACACACACACACACACACACACACACACACACACACACACACACACGCACACACACACACACACACACGAAAGAGACUAAUGCUAUCAACAUUUUUUCAUCACACUUUGUAGCUUAAAUUCUCACAACAUGACAACCCUUUUCCUGAUGAUACUCUCGGGACACUGAGUUUUUCUUGCAUCCUAAAAUACUUAGCCUUCAACUAAAAACAUUAAUAUUGCUGGUAAAUAAAGUAGCCUAAAAUGUC